AUGGAGGUUGAGGUUAUUCGCGAGAAGGUGGGUGAUCCUAAUAAUUCGACUUCUAUUGAUGCUGCUUGGGAUCAGUUGGAUGGCCGUAAUUCUCUUGAUAGUAUCCUCUCUGGUGCUAAUUUAGAGCACCAUUCUGGUGCUGUUGAUGCUAUUGUCUGUCAGCGUUUAGGUGUUGUUGCUGCCCGGUUGCAGCUAGUUGUUCCUAAUGAUCAAGUUAUAGAACCAUCUGGUGUUGAAAGGAUGGGUGGUAGUGGUUAUUUACCUUUGAAUUCAAGGGGUUUUGCCCAGUUCAAUGUGGAAGGGGGAACCGGAAACCUACGGGCCAAGACAAAGAACUCCAUUUAUAUUAGGCCAUGGCAUUUCAACUUAAUUAUUUAUUUAUUCUCAUGUUUUGAGGCAAACCAAGAAGAUAGUUCUAAUGCACCGCAAGUGUUUCCCCAUAAAUUUUCAUCUGGUGUUACUGAUGAAAGAGUUGGUGCUGGAGAGAAGCAGAGCGAUAUAUUGAAAAGCGAUGGCCAUGCUGAACAUAAAUUGGGCAGUGGACAUGAUGGUAACGGGCUUGCUAAACUCGAGAAGCUGCUGAAUCAAAAAACAUUUUCUAGGGAUCAGUUCAAUCGUUUGUCAGAGCUCCUGCGUUCAAGGAUGAUCGAUCAUUCAAAUGAUGAUGGGUAUAGAGGGGAAAACAAAAAUUCUCUUGAAGUUGGUGAGCCUAUUCUGCCUCAGAAUGAUUUAAGAACUUCGAAGCAAGAAAAAAGGAAAGAUUUAUGUAACAGAAUGAGUGGAAAUUUGAGUGAAUCAAGGCCUUCUGUUCAAGGGAAAGAGGCAGUUUUAUUCAACAAAUCAGUUGGAAAUAUGGCAAGCAAUAUUGUUGCACCAGAGAUAUCUGAGGAAAUAAGGGCUUCGCCUAUCAAGAUUGCAAAAGCAUACAUGGAAAACAAAUUGUCAACACCCUCGUCUUCUUGUACUAAAAUAUUCAAGGAUGAGAGAAAUUUGCCUUACAGUGGAGCUCUUGAACCCAGAUCACUUAGUCUAUCACUUUUAUCAAAGUCCCCUCCUACGUGCUGGCCAGGUGCUCUAGGACGGGAUCAGCAUGGGUACCUUACGCCUCCAACUCAAAGAGGAAGAGUUGAGUUUCAUAGUAUGGCUUGUACCCCCUAUUCCAGAGGAGAUUACACCACUGCUACUCCCAAUGGUUCUCUCGAUGGAAAUCAUAGAUGUGCACCUUUAUCUCAUUGGAGACAACCACAAACCCCUCUUUCAGGGGGUGGACAGAAAAUGCAGGUGUCAAAGAGGGGUUCCCUUUUGGAUGAUGGACGUGGAUCAUUUGGACCCAUACGUAGGACCCGUCAGAAGUUAAUCUCUAAUGCCGGCUUUGAUGGAUCCAGACCGUCCAUUCCUGCAAGCCCCUUUCCUGAUCCAAUGUGUUCUCUGGGUUUUGGUGCUACCAAAAGCUCCUUGACAAAUAUCGAAGAGGGUAGACAGCUUGAAUCCCUGAAAGGUGGCGUUAAAAGUUCUCAUGCUGUAGACAAUAGGGGAAAGGUUAGUCGUGCUACUUCCGCUUUUGUUCUUCCAAAGUCGAGGAUGGCAAGGACAAUACUAGAGCACUGUGAUAGGAAAGUUCCAUCUCCCAAAGAAAAAUUGGCGGAGUUAGAGCUGGUCAUGACAAAGGAGAAUAACAAAGAAGACACUAAAGGCCGUGAUCACACUGGUGUUAGCAAUGAGCAACUGCAGGCACAAAGGGCCCCACAAUUGUGUUCUCCAGGAAUUAGCAGUUCCUUGUUCACGACUAGAGGUGAAGAAGAGCCUGCGGAUUCUAGUAAAAUGUGUGGCACUUUAUUUGCCUUUCCUAUUCCACCGGCCCGAAGUGCGUGUUAUGAGGAACCUCCCACGCCUACCUUGCCGCCAACUUUUUCAGUUACUAAAUCAAUUCAAGCGAACAAAGAAACUGCUCCAUUGUUGUUCCAAUUUUGCACAAAGUCUGAUGAUAAGGGUCUGGUUUUCUGUUUUGGAUCCAACGACAAGGCUGCUAUUGAUUAUUCUACUCCAAAGUUCAAUUUUGGAUCAGCCAACAAGCCCUUGUUAUCUUUCAGUUCUGCAGGUGUUGCUGCUCAAACAAAACCUAAUGCGGUAUUGGAAAAGGAGCAUGGUGGGACAUUUGCAUCACAAAGAGGGGCCACUUCCUUGUUGGGGAUGUCCUCUGCAUCAACUUCAAAUCCCUUGUUUUCCACUUAUGGCUCAAAGGCUCCUUCUUAUUUGAAUUCAAGUAAUUGUUCUCUUGUUUCUUCAGUAGUUUCUGACACCUUAACAGGAUGCGAUGGAAACUGCCCAUUUAUUUUAGGAAACACUGCUGCCUCCACUUUGGCAACAAGUGCCUUUUCUUCGGUGUCUGACAUUUCUGCAUCAAAAAUUCCUUCUAAAGCUUCAGUGGCCACUUCGCCUCCUUUUGCUAUUAAUGGUACCACUGCAAUCACCGGUGCAUCUUCUUCAUCAACUGCUGAUGUUAAUGGCCCUCAAAAGACUACUAAUAUAUCUUGUUUGGGCACUAGAGGAGGACCUUUAUUUGGAUUCUCGACAUCGUCGAAUAAUUUGAUUCUGGGCUCAGAUGGCAAAGCAAACUCUUUGACAACUCCUGUUUUCGGUGGUGCCUUUGCUUUUGGGGGGUCAUCAGCUCAUGGUACCAGCAAACCAUUCACUUAUGGAUCUUCAUCUACUUUAGGUGGUGCUUCUUCUUCUUCAUCUCCAUCUCAGUCGAUCCUAUUUGCCCCUUCCAGCAAAUCAAGUAAAAUGAUGGUCCCAUCAAAGAAUCCCAAUUCAGAAAUGCCUACUUCAAUGCAUUCACAGCCAUCAAAUUCCAUAUUCGGGUCUUCCAGAAUAGAAGCGCCAUCACCACCUACAUUUACUCAGGCAGGCUGCAGACCUGAUUUUUCUUCACCUGAACUGCUUCCUCGUGGUGGGGGUGACAAAUCUGCCCUUAAAGUCAUCAAAAUUAGUCAGGCGAAGAGGAUGCAGAGAAGGUAACGAUUCGUAUUUGUAACUUCAUACCGGAAAAAAUGCAUGGUUGAUGAGCAAGCAUUUCUGAUCUGAAUGAUUAAUUGGCAAAUGAGUAAUGUGCCUGAAGAAUUUGAAAGCAAGAGGUUAAGAGGUAGUCAUUAUUCAUAUUCAUCGGUCCCAUGAAUACCUUCCUAGAGCCUGUAUUUUUUUCAAAUGGAAAUUUGCAUGCCUUGCUGGUGUGGAGUCUCUUAUCAAAUUUUGGGUUCAUGCACGGACAUAGCCUUGUUAAGGAAAAAAGUAAAGCUUUUGAUGGUGUAAUCUGGUCCGUAUAGCAUGGACAAGUGUGUCUAUAGUUUUUGGUGCAUGUCGACAAAUCAAGGACACUUGCACAUGUCAAUGUUUUAAAAACUUAAGACAUCUAUUUUUUGAACGUUCUUUUUGAAAUAUUA